AUGUGCGGGCUACAAGCCUGGCUUAUUAAGAAAAGUUAUAUUCUAAUUGGUGGUAUAAUGUUUAAAGAAAUUGAAUCACGAUAUAAUCAAGAUGAAAAAGCAGAUUGGGAUGUAUUGUAUUCAAAAACAAUUGAGAAUAUAUAUCAAGAUACAUUAAACACUUUUAAUCAUCAAUUGAAUAUUUCAUUUGAACGGCAAUAUUCUCGUUGGGAACAACAACAAAAUGAUACAUGGAAAAUCAUAAUUGACGAUUCACAUUUUGGUAAAAAAAUUCAUCAUCAAUUGCAUUUAUUAUUAAAUAUCAGUGAUAGUGAAUCAAAACUAAAAUGGUCAUAUGCAUCGGCAUUAUUAUUUUCGGCUACACUUAUUACCACAGUCGGUUAUGGAAAUAUUACUCCAAAAACAAUAUUGGGAAAAGUUAUAACGUGUUUCUAUGCUCUCAUUGGUAUCCCAAUUGUGGUUGUAUGGCUCAACAAUAUGAGUGAUCAAUUGGCCUGCAUAUUUCUAAGAUAUUAUUCAGAAGUUAAACAAAAAUGGUAUCGUCUCAAAUUGAGAAUGAAACUUAAGAAUAAGAAAAGAAUUAGUCAAGAACAUUUGUCAAACGACUCACAUAAAAUCGAACAUGUUUCAUUACGUGUUGUAUUUUUUGUAUGGACAUUCUAUAUUUUAUGUAGUGCACUGUUGUUUGCUUCUUGGGAAGGUUGGUCAUUCAUUGAUGGCGCCUAUUUUUCAUUUAUAACAUUUUCAACAAUUGGAUUUGGUGAUCUUGUUCCGGGUGAUAAUACUAUAACACCACAUAAAUCGGGCCGUACGAUAUUAUGUCUAAUCUAUUUAUUUUUUGGUUUAAUAUUGACAUCAAUGUGUCUUAGAUUAAUUCAAGAUGAUUUUAGUAAAAAGCUAAAUUUAAUAAAAAGCUGA